AUGGCCUCAACCUCCAGCUUUGCACCUCCUAAACUUGCAAACUUCAUACUCACAGAGCGCCUUGGCUCUGGGACCUAUGCAACAGUUUACAAAGCUUACAGAAAGGGUGACAGCAGAGAAGUCGUUGCCAUAAAAGUAGUUGGGAAAAGGACUUUGAAUAAGGCUUCAACUGAAAAUCUUCUCACCGAAAUUGAGAUUUUAAAAACAAUAAAACAUCCGCAUAUAGUCCAGCUUAAAGACUUUCAGUGGGAUGCAGAAAACAUUUAUCUGAUUCUUGAGUGGUGUUCGGGAGGGGACCUAUCCCGCUUCAUCCGUAGUCGCAGAAUUUUACCUGAAAGAAUUGCAAGGCGUUUUUUACAACAGAUAGCAUGUGCUCUGCAGUUUCUUCAUGAGAAAAAUAUUUCACACCUUGACUUAAAACCCCAGAAUAUUUUACUAAGCGGAUCUGUUCUUAAACUAGCCGAUUUUGGCUUUGCUCAGCAUAUGUCCCCUUGGGAUGAGCAGAGUGUCCUGCGGGGUUCCCCGCUGUACAUGGCUCCAGAAAUGGUCUGCAGGAGGCAGUAUGAUUCUCGAGUUGAUCUCUGGUCCGUGGGUGUGAUACUUUAUGAGGCAUUGUUUGGACGUGCACCCUUUGCAUCAAAAUCAUAUUCCGAAUUGGAGGACAAGAUUCGCAGUAAUCAGCCUAUUGAACUCCCAUCAGGGACGAGGGUGUCCAAAGACUGCAGAGACCUGCUGUUGCGUUUACUGGAGAGAAAUCCAGAUGCACGGAUCACUUUUGCAGAGUUUUUUUCGCACCCUUUUGUGGACUUGGAACAUAUGCCGAGUGUAGAGAGUCUUGGAAAAGCAAAAGACUUGGUAAUGCAGGCUGUUCAGAAGGAUCAGGAGGGGGAUAGGAGUGCUGCUCUCUCUUUUUACUGCACUGCUCUAGAGCACUUUGUGCCAGCUAUUUACUAUGAAACAGAUCGGCUCCGCAAAGAUUCUUUAAGGCAAAAGGUCAGCCAGUAUGUGUCCAGAGCAGAAGAAUUAAAAGCACUGAUGGCAUCUGACAACAAACUGAUCUUUGAAGAAGCCCAAACUGCAAGGGAUGUUCUGCGAGAAAUGUCAAGGGACCGUCCCCGGCUGCUGGCUGCCUUAGAUAUGGCAUCUUCUGCUAUUGAAAAGGAGGAGAGCGGAUUAGAUGAUUUUGAAGCCCUAGAUUUAUAUCAACAAUGUCUUGGUGAACUUCUCUUAGCCUUAGCAGCCGAGCCUCCAGGCCGUAGGAAAGAACUGCUCCACGGUGAGAUUAAAACUCUUAUGGCCAGAGCUGAAUACUUCAAAAAGCAUGUCAAGAUGAAAGAGACCCAGAGUGACGUCUCCAUGGAUCGCGAGCCAUUUGCAGACUCUGUGAAAAGUUCCUGCUGUUUGCAAUAG